GGCGGCCGAUUUUGCCCACUGCUUUUGUGCUUAGCGCUGGUCGGGCCUGGCGACCACCGGUGCCGGGGCCAUGAGGCCCUUCUUCAAGCCAGACAGUUGCAGCGUCGAUGGGCUGUCCUCCGUGGGCAACCCGUUGUCUCGCGCGUUUGACGCGCUGACAGCGGACAAGCACCAUGCGCAGCAAAUGCGGGAGGGCUACCUCAACGGAAUGAGGCUGGGGAUGGGCCCCAUGGGCGGCCAGAUGUUGGAUCCCAUGAGGGGCGACAUGGAGAGCGCCUGGCGAGAAGCUGGCGGCAUGCAAAGGCCCGGGCCAGGCAUGGGCGCAGCGAUGUCCGAGCAGUUCCGACAGCACAUGGAAGCCGCCGGUCCCAUGGCGGAGCCCGGAUUUUUCGACGGGCCCGCGCCUGUGGGCAUGGCAAUGCCAAUGCACGCCAGUGGUGACUGGGCGCAGGAGUUUGCGGGUGCCGGUCCGCAAGCGGCGCACCCGAUGCAGAGCGGGCGGGGCGACUGGGCCAGGGAGUGCAAAGGCAAGGGCCGGGCUUCUCGAUGGAGGCAGCCUGGCAGGCCAGUGCCGGGCCUUCAGCGUCCAGCAGGAGCGCACCCAUGGGGCCCAUGAUGGGCCCCAUGAUGGGUCCCAUGAUGGGCCCCAUGAUGGGUGGCUCGAUGUUCCGGGGACCGGGGCCAAUGGCUGCUCCAAUGCAGCAAAUGCCUGUGGCCGCUGCCCCGAUCAGUACAGAUGCCCAGGCGAAGGUGCAGGAACCUGUCCAAGAAGCACCACAGGUCGAAGAGGCAGACUUAGAACAGGCUGCCCAGAUGGUGGACAUGCUCCGAAAUAGUGGCAACUCCAAGCUUGCCAACUCGAGAUUCGUCACUUUCAUCGACAAGGUGAGCAAGGGCGACCUUCAGUUCCGCGAAAACAGCGUGAUUGAUCGAGCAGGCAAUCAAGUGGAUUGGGAAACGCUGUACGACACUGAUGUUGCCACUGCGACUGACUCCGACCGCAGUCAGCUUGCGAGUCUUUGGAAAGCUUCAGCUGACCCUGACAGCAUGGCUAACGCCAUGCAGUCCAUGCUGAGAGCAGACGCGGACCGCUUUGACAUGGAAGGUGACAUGUCCGGCAGCAUGAACCAUGCGUUCCUCCAAGCUCAACAACAGGCCCUGGAGGAGGCGUUUGGCUCCAGGGAGGAGGUUGAUGCCAUGAUGGAGCGCAUGAUGGAAGGCUUGGACGGCUACGACCCAAUGUCCAUGAACGUGGCGGCCAUGAGCCGCGGCGCGGAGUAUCGCUUUGCGGAGGAGAACCCCUUCAGUGAAGUGUCAGACCCCUUGGCGGAGGCCAUACGGCUUCUGCGCGAAGGCAGAGACCGCGAUGCCUUGCUUUGCCUGGAAGCGGAGGUCCAGCGGAACCCUGAGAGCUCAGAAGGAUGGAGAUUGCUGGGUCAGCUGUAUGCAAGCCUGGAUCUAGACGUCGAGGCCAUUCAGUGCCUGCGAAAGGGACACGAGGUGGACCCCUACAACCUGGACAGCCUGCUCGCACUGGGUGUGAGCUGCACAAAUGAGUUGGAUCAGCUCCCGGCACUGCGCUACUUGCGGACCUGGAUUGAGAAUCACGAGGAGUAUCAGGCUCUGGUGGAGGGAGUGCAGCCUCCUCCAGAGUUUGAGUACCCAGCUUGGCGCCAGCAAGUAACGCAGCUCUUCCAGCGUGCCGCAGAGGUAAGUCCACAUGAUCCAGAUGUGUUCAUUGCUCUGGGCGUGAUGGAGAACAUCAAUAGAAACUUCGAUGAGGCCAUCCAGGCGUUUGCGACCGCCUGCCGAUUGCGCCCGAAUGAUCACACGGUCUGGAACAAGCUGGGAGCCACCCUGGCGAAUUCCGGCAAGAGCGAGCAGGCAGUUGUGGCAUAUCAUCAGGGCCUCGAGCUGAAGCCCAACUAUGCGCGGAGCUGGUCGAACAUGGCCAUCGCGCAUGCCAAUCUUGGAGAAAGCACAAGGAUGCUGCGCGGCUAUAUUUGUCCUCGCUGGUGCUGAGCCCUGACGCAACACACAUUUGGAAUUUCCUCCAGGGCGCAGUGCUGAACAUGAACAUGAACAGCCAGUACGCUCUGGAGGCCAUUGAGCAGCGCGACAUCAGGGCAGCGACUCAAAUCAUAGAGGGAGUGUUGGACCCAUCGAAGCUGCCCAAACCUGUGGAUGCACCAACUCGGCCGCCAGAUGAAGUUCUGGCGUCCAUUGGGCUUUGAUGGUAUUGCCUUGCGGUGUUCGCGGCAUGCCAUCAUUGCAGCUAGUUCCUGAAGCCGAGCACUCGGAUGUCGCUAGAGUCACUUUAUUUUGCCCCCUGAGACAAUUUCCUCGGCCGGGCAUCUUGUGCUGGGACGCGUUGCAUGGAGCCGUGGUCCUCAGUGGUCCGCUGCCGAAUCGCGCAGAUGCCAGCGGCUCCG